CGGACUACGCGUCGAAGUCGCGUGUGGCAGGACGCGCUCACGCUCGCGCAUGACCGCGUCUCUGGGAUAUCUAGGCGCCCGCAUUAAGGGCUUGCGACAUUCGCAGCACUGACUCCGCAUGCCCUGCUCGGCGGACCGCCGUCUGCGGGAAGCCAGUGGGUUAGUUUAUAAGCUGUGAGAUUGUGCAGAAUUCCCACCCGACUCCCCCACCGCCGGGAAUUCGACUGUCGCUCUACUGCAGUCAAGAUGGCACCUGCUGGAUACGAGCCGCUGCUCGAGCUCAAGGGCGACGCUUCGGAACUAGAGGGUCACGCUCCCCGCACUCCCCGCACUCGGCGAAAAGCGCUCACUCUGAUCGCACUGCUUGGAGUCGUCGGAUUCUCCGCGUUCUACACUCUCGCGCCAUCCAAGGGCGCCAACUACGCCGCGCAGGGCUCGCUCGAAUUCGACGCUGACGCCGAUGAUCAACUGGCGAAGUGCCCUUCGGGCCUGCCCCCUGCUGCGACCCCUCCCACGAAGGUGAAUCCGUUCGCAUCGCUCACCAUCGCCGACACCGUCUCGGUCUCGGAGUGGUUGCUUGCGCCCGAGCGUGGGCUCAACCUCACGCGCGGCGACAAGAACCCGCAACUCGCGGACAACCUCAUCUACCACGUCGACGCGUUCCGUCCCGUGAAGAAGGACGCGGUUGCGUACCUGGACAACCCCGACACCGUGAGCCCCCCAGAGCGGUUUGCGCGCGUCACCAUCCAUCAUGGCGCGGCGGCCGAGCCGUAUGUCAUGGACUACCUCGUGGGCCCGCUCCCGGUCAGCGAGAAGACGUCGAUGCGCAAGCUCACGGAGAUCUACCACCGCGACUCGAUCCCGUUCAAUGCGCGUGGAUAUACUACGAUGGGGGAGCUCUCGCCCCUCCUCACCGUGAUCAUGCCGCCCCUGUCUGAGGUUACGGAGGACCUUUUCGGCGGCUCUGCGCGUGGUCUCCCGAACGACACCCUUGUCGCAGCGAUUGUCGCGCCCUUGAGUUUCGACGGUGCCUUCCGCCGUGGCUGGGUGUCAUGGAGGCGCAACAUCGCCGGGCCCUGGUUGCACCCCGUCAACUUCUUCCAGUACGUCGACUUUAGCGGGACGGACCCUUCCCAGUGGAAGCUCCUCAAGCUCGUGUACAACCACCAGGUGUUCAACAGCACCGAGGCCUUCCUCGACGCGUACCAUGACGGCACCCUCAAGCGUCUUCCGCACAGGCCCGACCAGGAUCCGAGCCAGGGCGAAUGGAGCACGCGCAAGCGGCCGACGCUCACGGCGCAGCGCGACCUGGACAACCUCCCUGGCCCGCGCUCUGUCUCGUUUGGCGGACUCCGCUUCCGCGUCGACCGUGCGCUGCAGUAUGUGAGCUGGAUGGGCUGGGGCAUGUACCUCGGCUUCGACAAGGAUAUGGGUCUCAGCUUGUGGGACCUGCGGUUCCGGGGUGACCGGAUCAUCUACGAGCUUGCCCCUCAAGAAGCCAUCGCGCAGUAUGCCGGCAACGACCCCAUGCAGACCACUACCGCAUGGCUCGACCGUUUCUUCGGCAUGGGCUCCGCCGUACGCGACAUGAUCCCGGGAUACGACUGCCCUCAUGAGGCUGUCUACCUCCCUGCGACGACGCACAACUUCGAGGGCAGCAUCGUGCGUCAGCGCGCGAUCUGUAUCUUCGAGCAUGAUUCCGGGCGCCCCAUCACUCGCCACACCGGAUAUACCGAGGGCGAGUUCGGUGCAACGCGUGGAUACCAGCUCGUCGUACGGAGCGUUUCUACGGUCGGAAACUACGAUUAUCUGUUCGACUACAUUUUCCAAAUCGAUGGCACCAUCGAGGUCCGCAUCUCAGCGUCAGGCUACUUGCAAGGUGGCUUCUGGGAAGCCUCCCAAGAGGGUUACGGCACCGCUAUUCGCGACACGACCAUGGGAUCUCUGCACGACCAUGUCAUCAACUACAAGGUUGACCUGGACGUCGCUGGAGAGGAAAACUCGCUGCUCUUUACCAGUACCGCUACGGAGUCGAUCACCCAGCCGUGGUUCGAGGACGACUGGGGCUCAGAGGUCAUCCAGCAGAAGAUCUCGAAGAAGUUCAUCGAGACUGAGGACGACGCGCUGCUCAAGUUCCCUCAGAACCUCCAGGGCGGCUACUCGCUCGUCAACAAGGACGCGAAGAACCGCUGGGGCAUCCCCCGCGGGUACGCAAUCCACCCUGGCUAUUCGCCUGUCCACAACACGGUCGUAGGCUCGAAGCGUCUGCUUGAAAACGCGAACUGGGCUCGGUACAACCUCGCGGUGUCGAAGCGCAAGGAGACGGAGCCCACUUCGAGUUCCCAAUGGAACCUGAACCUUCCUGGUGACCCGAUGGUCGACUUCCACAAGUUCUUCGACGGCGAGAACAUCACACAGACGGACCUCGUCGCGUGGAUCAACGUCGGCAUGCAUCACCUUCCGCAAGCGGAGGACGCGCCGAACACGCGCACGAACCUCGCGGCUUCGAGCUUCUUCUUGACGCCGCUCAACUACUUCGACGCGGAUGUGUCGAUGGAGUCGACGAACUCCAUCCUGCUCACCGCACCGAAGGAGCCAGGCGAGCCGUGGACGUACGAUGACUACGGCGUUGGGGUCGCGCACUGCGUCCCCGCCGUGGUCCCGCCGUUCGAGUACCGCGGCGUGCAGACGUACGGCCUCGACGGAAAGGCCGCGGCGCCAUCGACGGCGGAGGAGAUGCGCAAGAGCGCGGAGUUGUUCCACCGCAUCAAGCUUGAGCUCUGA